AACCUAGAUAUAGAUCUUUGAUCGCAAACGCAGUGAUCUGUUAUAAAUAAAUGACCUCAUAAUAAAGACUGUAAGUGGCAAAGAAUUAUGUUGGUCGUUAUCUCAUAAAUUUGAGUAUCGACUACCUUGUACGGAAGCAGACGUCAGAGCAAGGAAUGAGUGUACUCCUCUGGAAGUGAUCUGGGUCAUGAAACUCUCUCCCACUUCGAGGCCGUCGCCUGCUAAGCACAAGGGGGAACAACUGAGAUCAACGGAGGCCACUAUGGCCACCAGUGCAAUAAACAACUCGGCCCUGGUCUCGGUCAAUGGAUCAGAGACAGCGGUGGAUGUCGCCGGAAGUGAAUAUCUUUGGUUUCAGUCUGUGUACCUCGGCUACUUGUGGACGGCUCUGGUCAUCGGCCUUCCUGGGAACAUCUUGAUCGCUGUGGUGUACAUGACAGUCCAGCAGAAGCGAACCUCCGACUGGUUCAUCUUCUUCCUCUCCGUCUACGACUGCGCAGUUUGCGUGUUCGCAGUCCCGCUGUACCUCAGCAUUGAGACGGGGGCCUGGGUGGACACCGGAAGCGACCUGGCCUGCAAGAUAGAACAGUUCAUCAUCUCCACAGCUCAAGUGUCGUCCGUGUCCAUUUUGGGCAUUAUCGCAGUGGACAGAUACCUGAAGAUUUGUCUGCCCACAAGGAAGUCACUCAACGCCACGCAGGCAAGAAAUAUCGGCAUCUGUACGCCCCUCUUCUCAGCCCUGGUCGCCGCCCCUGCUUUGGUUUGGGACGGGAACGUGGAACACAAGUUUUGUCGUCUGCAGGAACAUUACAAGAACACUUUAGGGGUCAAGGUUCACAGGUGUCUUAUCUUCGGGUUUUUCCUUUGCAUGUUUUUCCUGGUCAUCUUCUGCUACCUGCACGUGUCCAUCGUGGUCAAAAGGCGCGUGCAGCGACACAAAGAGAACGCCAUGAAGCGGAAGCACCUGAUGCAAAUCCCAGCAUUCCUCCAGGCCAUCUCCAACGUGGACGACGAGGCGGCCGCCAUCAAGGCUCAGCGCAGCAAGAGAAAGUUCUCCUUAUUCAGCCUCGGCAGCAGUCGUCGCCUGUCCGCCAUCUCGCCCUGGAUCAAAGCGAGGCUCAGCCUCCCGAGCGAGAACGUCAGUUCCGGCAUGGGGCUCCCCCUGGAGAAGAUGGAGCCCGAAUCGAAAGAGAGUCUCGCGGAAAGCAAGAAGAAGCUGGACAAAGUGCUACAACGAAAGAGUAAGUCGAUGGAGAUCAACCCCAAAGAUAAAAAAGAAGGCAGCAGUCAUGAAUCAAUCAAAGGCAGAGCUAUGGGCUAUCACCUUAUUAAACAAAGAACCGAGGCAGAAUCGUCUUCGGAACUCGAAUCCAAUACUCAGCAGAAAAAACUGAAAGACAAUGUAUCCAAAAGUACGAGCAUAUUGACAGCCUAUCAAAACGAUUCUGUAGCAAAUGUGAUUGAGGAUUGUGCUCAAAAACACUCGGACCCUAUGGCAUGCAAAUCCCACCAUAAUAUAUCUGAUUUGAAAGAGCCGGGGUCUAAACUAUCAACAACGAAAGUUCAGCAGUACGAUCAACUGGCAACUAUUCCGAUAAUUAUCCACUCAGAAGACGGAUCUUACAACGCUCCCGACACCAGCAGCCACGCGGCUGCUAACAAAUCUGCAUUGAAAACCUGCGUUUGCCAAAAACUCUCAGGCGACAGACAGUGUGUUUCUUUGCCCCAGAAUAUCAGCAAAAGAGUAACAGAAGAAUCGCACAAACAUGGCACAGAGUUGUCAAGAUUGAGAAACCAAAAUGCCAAAUCCAAGACCAAAUCCAACGAACGUUCUGUCUUGUCGCUUGAAAAGCGAGCUGGAAGAUUACAGAAAAGCCACCACGCAGACGAGACUAGGAAAUGCAAAGCCGCACCUCGAGCGCACGAACUGCGGAGAAAAAGCGAAAACUUAUCCACGUGUCAUCGCAGCCAGUUCAGGUGUGGCUUCUGCCAGGCCGGAAGCUCUCGGAUAAAGCCUUUCAAAUCUCUUACUCAUUUGCAUAACACGCACCAGUUGGCGUGCUCAAAUUGCGUGUCAGAAGAGCGCAUCGCGCCGAAAACGAGAUCCGACUUCGACCUCUUAAAACUUUUCAACAAAAUUCCUGAAGAAUCGGAUUCGGAAUCGGCGCGACUAGAGCAUGUCAAGAAACUAGAUACCUUGCAUAUGACAUCGGAGGAGAGUAUCGAUCCCUUAGACUUCAAAGCCAACGAUAUUUCUCCCGAGAGCACUUUUAAGUUUUGCCGGUGUUGCAUGAUUCUAAGUAAUCGCUGUCAACCCAAACGAGAGUCGGUAAAUAAAAUUACGGAGUAUCGACUUUCACAGGAUCGAUCCUAUGACCUGGCCUUAUCAAAUUUGGACCAAGCCUGUGGAGUUUCGUCGAAUCAAAAUUAUGUCAAGGACGAUGCUAACGAUGGAAUAGAGGACGUCACUUCCUGUACGACAGCGUUGCUCUCUGAAUCCUAUGACAAACUCAAACUUGGCGAAGAUCUCGCGAGAAGAAAAUCUCGCGGUAAUCUCAAAGCCUUCAAAUCUCGUAGAGACGAGAUUCGCGUGAUACGAGACGAGAUCGAUGCGGCAGACGAUGUGACGGAAAGCUUGCUGGACAAUCAUCAUCAGAUUUCGCCUUCAGCGUCAAUCGCACAGGGUCACGACCUUUUUCAGCGCCCCGUCAAUGUAAAUCAGACUUGUCGCGUUCUAUCAACUGCGCGUGGCGACGCCCACGUGACCAACUCAGUCAUCAGAAAGGGAAGAAGGAGGCUAUCCCAUCAGGCAUCUUUUGAUGACGCAACAAUUUUCGCAGAAUACGCAGUGGAAGAAGAGCUUGUGAGCGAUUUGAAAUCACCGGAAAUUUCCGCUCCUCAAGCGGUGUGCACCAAACGGAGCUCGAGAGAACACGCGCGUGACGAAUCGUUUGGCUCGGCAGACACCGGAAUAGAAGGGACAGCGUGUUCAGUGCUUAAAGCUGUUCAGACCGAGAAUGGAAAUUAUGAGAACCCGCCUACAGAGGGUGGAGACAGACAGCGCUUAAAAACCAAACCAGACGCCACGCAUAAAAAGGAUUCAUUUCACGCCGAUAAAGCCGUUGUCUCCAGUCCCCAGGGGCGCCCUCUCACAUCAGCUGUAACAUAUGAGCGACACGGCGACAAACAUUGUCCGUAUUGCGAGACGUCGAAGGGGGACAACUGCUUGGGGGGAAUGGAAACAGCUUUGAACGACCCCGCGGGAGAGUUUAGUCCCUUUACUGGGUCUCAAAGCGAGGAAGUUAAUUGCCGGGGCGAGUCUAAGUAUAGAGGUGACCUCACCGAAUGUUUACGUAAUCCAGCACCCACUUGUGGCCUCUGCGGUAUAAGUGAUCGAUCCUCGGACUCGACUUCUGCCAACCACUGCCUAAAAGAGUCAUUUGACCUAAUUAGUCCUGCCAACACCUGCCAGGGGUCGACCAUGCCUGGACGCGAAAUGGACAAAUUAUUGAAUGGCACGCAUUCAGCCACGCACAAACCCCACCUCUCAGCGCGCACACACGACACACCCACACACGCAGCAAAUCAACGAGCAAGAGAGAUAGCUCAGUUUUCUUUCCGUCAGCAGAAGUUAAAAAGUAAAGACUGCUUAUGUCAUCAAUUAGAAGGUCAUUUUACAAAUUUCGAAGGUAAUGUCCAAUUACCGAGUUUCCCUGCUUUGAACCGAGAUACAAAACAGACUUUAUCAGAUGCUAACGUGGGCUGUGUAUUUAACCCAACUCCCAGCCGCCCUACAAAUCAAAGCAACGACACAAGAGAUCAUAAAAUGUUCGAUGCUGAUAAGGAAUCAAUCAUCGGCGGCCUCUCACACAAUGACACGAAGCCAGGCUCGCUUUACGGUAACGGAAAACUCGAUACACGGCAACUCCUGGAGAGUGACACCACAGGGGAGUGCGACCUCGUAUCGUCCAGGGCGUCCGGUACCAAUGUAUCAUUAUUGAGCCCCAGCGUCACAUUAGCACAGACGAUUGCGUCCCCGAGCAGUGGCGCUGUCACGGAGGGGGCAGCCGUAAAUCAACGGUUUAUCGAGUCUGGCAUGGUUCAGGGGGAAUUCAUUAGUGUGUCGCCGAGUGGGUUUGAUUCAGAUCGACGUUUGGAGAAACCGUCACAUGGGAGUGACCCGGUGUUUUCUUGCGAUGGGCACAACGGCUUCUCAUCUCAUCGGCUUGUCGGCCCCGAUACGCCGCUGACGUCGUGUGAGUGUGUAAUUCAAAACUUGAAACCAUCACCGGAAACGACGCAAGGGUGUUAUGAUAGUGUUCCACCUCGUGACGUCAUUGGAGGGAUCGGUGUCAGGGAGCUUGACGGGGAUGUGAAUCAGUUCUACAACGACAGGGGCGGAGAAUUGCACUCUCAGCAUGAUACUUUCAUUGAAUGUGCAGAUAAGCAUCUUGAAAGCAAUCAGCGCCCAUGGUGUGCUAUGCCAGCAGAAGAUAACGCUGAUUCAAUCAUUUCAAAUACAAACAAUUGGUCCUGCCCUAUCUGCAAAAAACCUAAUCUCCUGCUCAGUUCGUCAAUAUUCAUCUCUGACGUAAGGUCAUGUGACCUUUGUUUACUCUCUUGUUUGCGCGGGGUCUGCUCCGCCCCAUCCCUCGCACGCUGCGCACAAACUCUUCGCCAUAAGGGGCGCAUGGAUUCAAUCAGCAAUAUUACCUCCCUAGUGGUGGCCCCGCUCAUCACACAUGGCAGCAAACACGGAGUUCCCUACGACGCCCUUACUUUGUAA